AUGACGACAUUAGCAGCUUUAUCAUCUGCAGCAUACGCGUUCACCAUGAAAGAGGUAUUUGAUAUUGAAACUUGGAAGAAAAAACGACAAACAACAUUUCUUGUUUACAUGUCAGUUUUCUUUCUAAGAGGACUCGAAAAAAGUGCAAAUACAGCUACGCUAUGGAUCUAUUUGACAAAACUCAUCAAAACUGACAAUCCGGACUUAUAUUAUGGUUUGAUAAACAUUGCAGUUUAUAUCCCACCCAUGUUGCUGUCUUCGGUGGUUGCGAGAUAUGCCGACAAAACAAGACGUACAAAGAUGAUCAUUAUUAUUUUAAACUUUAUAGCCAUGAUUGGGAGCAUAUUGUAUGUCAUACCGUCUCCAAUUUUUCCUUUUGUUGGAAAACUCUUAAAUGGAGGCGUGAUUAUAUCGAGACCUUUAAUUAUAGGAGAAACAGCUAGAUCAUACCCAUCCAAAGAUGUACAAAGCAAAAUGUCAUAUCUGGUUUUUGCUUCUACGUUAGGAUUUAUGAUUGGACCUUGUGUUGUUCUUCCGUUUGCAAAACUCAAUAUCCGUUUUGGUCAAGUACUAAUUCAGUAUGGAAACAUAUCUGGUAUAAUUCUUCUGUUCGUUACCAUUUUUAUACAGCUCGGUGUUAUGUGUUUUGCGCAUGAUCUUUCAAGAGAAUUUGACUUAAAAGAAUCAGAAUCCUGCCAGGAAGAUUUAUCCGAAAAACGCGUAGUUCAAGGCGGCGAAGGAAUGACAAUACUAAAGAAAGCUUUACAUUCCAAAAUUAUUUUGUUUAUUUUCGCAAUGUCGAUUUCAUGUUUCAUUCUCGGGGUUGCAUUUGGUCGAAAUUUUCCAGUACUGAUAUUGGACGUGUUAUCAAUGUCUUACGGGACUGUGGCUAUCAGUUUAGUUUUCAGAAGUAUUGCAGUCCUAUUGCUGUGUCUUGUAGGUGCUAGAAUCAAACUGAGUGGUGUACAUGUUUAUUGGGUUGGCAUUUUAAGCCAACUUUCUUUUAUUACAUUACUAAUAUGUCAAUAUAUUAUUGUUUAUGUUCGCCUUACCUUUGACAUGAAGAUUGCAAUACUAGUGUUGUACAAUACUGCAGUAAGUUUUGCCGAGUUAGGCGAACAGUUGUUCUUAGUCGUUGUAUUUGUCAAGCUCGUUUCGUCGAAAAACCAAAGUUAUUUAGAAGGAAUACGAGGGAUACUUAAGCAGACAGCAAGUAUUUUAGGUGGUCUUUUGUCAUUGAUGUUUCUAAAAUACGCAGCCAUAUUCGUAGCUGUAGCUAUGAACGUUAUGCUUACAUUACUCCUCUGCUAUUUUAGGCGUGAUAUAAUGUAUCCCACUAUACAGUUGCAAUUAUUUGUUCUAGGGUCCUGGAAAAGACGUUUUAGUGUAUUUAAAGCUCUCAUUAUAAGCUCCCAUUUGUGCCACAAAGUCAUGCAAGCACAGCAAUCGCUCAGCCAAUUUAACAAAUUGCUGCCCUUCAAAAUUGAACGAUACUUUGAGCAUAGAAAUGUUUUCAAUGUAAAAUCUGGACAAAUGUUUCCGUGCAAAGUAUUUAAAGUCUAUGGCUAUCCUAUGGCUUUUUGGAUAAGUUUUAUCAUAGAUUAA